ACAAAACACUAGGUUUACCACUAAUAUUUUGGAAAAAUGACAGCUUUCCAAAAAUCUAUUGAAGCGGCGUUUAAGGUCUUCUCUAGACGAAAUGGCCUACCUGUCACAACUGACAGUAUCUCAGAAAUACAAAAACUUUUAAAUAAGGUCACAAAACAGGAGCUGAACCUCGACCCAACGCUGCUUGAAAACAGACUUCCAUGUGAGGGAGAGGCACCAGUCACUUACGUCCGAAUCGUAGAACACAAGAUAAUGACAGUUGCGAUUUUCAUUCUGCGCGAAGGUAAAAAGCUACCACUGCAUGAUCACCCAGGUAUGCAUGGUCUUAUCAAGGUUGUUCAUGGAAGUUUGAACGUCAAAACUUACAGCGCUCUUGACCAAUCCAUGUACCAGAUUCCUACAUCCUCAGAGGAAGAUCUCCAUGAAAAAUAUGGACGUAAAAUCCCUGUUGUUCCCGCAAAGUUGGAAGGCACAUGGACUUGUAACGAGUCAGAUGACUGUAUGAUUCUUACUCCACAGUCUGGCAAUCUUCAUGAGAUAACGGCUGUUAACGGCACAGCUGCGUUCCUUGACUUUCUUUCACCACCAUAUUGCCAUGAAAGAUUUUCUCGUGAUGGUUAUCGGCCGUGUAACUACUUCAGUGAGUCAGACUCUGCCCAAAGUGAUCCUGAUGUGAAGUACAUAAUGCCAAUUAGUGCUCCCCGUGAUUACUGGUGUGACGAAGUCGAAUACACCGGUCCACCGGUCCCACUACCUCCUGCAGAUUUGUAAGAAAAGCCGGAAAUGACAGAAUUAUUUCCAGGAUACUUGUGGAGCAUUAAUCAUGCAGUGUCACUUGUGAGGAUUAGCAAUCCACAUUAUGUCAAGGCAUUCAAAUUUACAUAGUCACAAUUGUUGAAAUCAGAACCAGUGAACUUUUAACAGCUUUGAGCAGACAAAUGCACAUAGGCUUGAAAUCAUUAUACUUUUAAAUGUUAAUCAAACAUGUUAAUCACCAGGGUGAGCGUAAUCUGAUUUUUGUGUCAUGUUAAGUGCAGCUCAUAAUGCUUGCACAAACUUAAAAACAUUGGCAUAUUUUAAAUCCACUUAAUGAUUUUUGUCCUGUUUUAGAUUUAAAUUUUGAUCAAUAUGUGACAUUUAUUUGCUUAAAUUUUUGUUCAAAUCAUUGUCAAUUUGUGUUAAGCUGUGAGGAUGUAUAUUGCGGUAUUCAUACGAGAUCCAUGAGCAUGUUUUUUCAAACAAAUAUAUAAAAAGUUUGUACACUUUCAAAAUUAAACAUUUCAUUAUACAGACAUUGAAUCAUUAAGACUGCUUGUUUAUUGUCAAUUUUAGACUACACCAUUUUCAUGUUCAGACAAUUAAACAAAUUGGUUCAAGUUCUUUACGGGUUACACAUUGAUCAAAUUAAUUCUGUGUUGUAAAUAUGAUCAAACAUCAUCAAUAGUUUAAACUGGAGCUCUAUUGUUAAUUUUAAUUUUUGUAAAAAAAUUGUUAUCAAAAUUAAUACCGUUGUGCCAUAUCACUCAUACUCUUAUUUAUUGCCUUUAAGUGCUAACUGUGCAUAUACAUGUUGUGUGCAUGUAGGCAGUAGUUGUCAAUACCAAACUUACCAUUCAGGCUAUUCAUAAGGCAUUUAAGUUAAGGUUUUGAACUUCUUGAAAAAAUCCACAUUUAACUUUAAAUUAGAAAAAACUGACAAUGUCUGGUACCAAAAAUAUGAAGAAGGAUGGAAACGAUCCAAACAGUAUUUGCAUAUGAAUAAAUUUAAUGAAAAAAUGGUGAAAAAAGGAGGGUAUUUAAAAUAUUAGUUGUUAAACAUGUGUACUAAGAAGCUUUAUGAAUAUGGCUCCUGGUAUAGUGACAUGACAUCAAAUCAACCGGAUAAAUUCUCAGCAUUCAACAUAAUAUUUUGUCCAAUGAGAAGGCAUAAUACUUCAAAUUUGACUAAUAAUUCAGGCAUCAGCCUGAAACUAAUAUUGACUGUAAUCACGUUAUACGGGUGAUAUAAACAGUUUUAGUAGGUCAUUUACCCGGUAUUAUGUAAACCACUAAAAAAAUGUUUAAAUUGUUAGUAAUGUACUUACACAAAAUGAAUGGUUAUGCUACACAGUCGCAUUGGACCAUUUAUUUCUGUAGGUACAUACAAAAUAUUCUCUUAAAGCAAUGGAGAGUGACCAGUCACAUGAUAAUCUUUGACAAACACAUGAAUCCAGAUUUUAUAUAUUUCUUUUGGUAAACAAGGGAGCUAAUUAUAAAGGGCCAUAACCAUAUUAAUUGGAAGCAUUUAAUAACUUGAAUGAAGUUUUUGGACAAAAAAACUUUCUUUUUAUCAAUUACAUUUAAGUCUAUAUGUUUGCAAUUCGGGCUUGUAGACUGAAUAUCUGUUUGCUUUAAUCUGUUGUCCAACAAAAACAUGUAGUGAUUGUCCGUCAAAUUUCUCUUCAAUGUCAUCAUUCUGCGGACUGAAUUAUAUUACCUUAAAACAGCUUACUUAGUAUAAAUGUUGUUAUUAAUUUGUUAUUGUUAUAAACAUGAUUUUGUAAGUGGUGCACGUUUUAAUGUCUUUUUUAUAUAUUGAAUCAUAUACAUGUACCGGUAUUCACCUUAAAAAAAGCAUGUUGAUUAUUUUUGUGCAUGUACAUGUAGUUUUUCUCUUUCAUUCUGAACAAUGUCUGAAAAAAAAUUAAACAACUAUCGGGCUAAUUUUGUUGUUUCUGAUAGAUUUACAAGGGUCAAUGGUAAAUUCUUAAAUAGUUU